CCUCAGGCGCAGCAGGACUCUGCAGGAGCCGCUGUGGGACUGGAGGAGCUCGGGACAAGUGACUAUUGAUGUGGGGAGUCCGGAGGCUGCGGCAUGUGUACUAGACGGCGGCACCUGCUACUGGACUGAGCCGUGCCGGGGACUACUGCGGGACCUGCCAGUUGCAGAGAUGGAGCUGAGCCAAACAGAAGUGCCUCUCUAUGGUCAGAUGACUGUAUUUGCACAGUUUGGUGAAGAUUUCCAUCUCCCAGAAGAUGCUGAGUUUUACUUUGUUUACAGCGGGUCCAGUCACAGGCAUGUUUCGUUUGCUGAACGCCUCAGUGCUAAAUCUCUGCGAUCCAUUUUCCCAGGUCACAAUUGUGCAGAGUCACUGAGUGUGACCGUGUGUAUGCACACCCACGGCUAUUCUCCGGUGAUUGUGGCUUGUACAUCGAUCUCUUAUGUGAGGGAUAAAGCAUGCAGCGUCUCGCACUCCCUGAAAAGCCAUUGCGAUCGCCUAACUUCUUCCAGCCAUCAGACCAUACUUGAACAGUUGGAUGUGACUCUCCAGGACCUCAAGUUGCUAGACCGGAACAUGAUGCUGUGCUUAGCGCAUGAGGACUUACCUCCCUCUUGGGAUAUUUUGGGAUCAUAUUCUCAGUCUGACAGCCUUUGCCAUGAAACCCUGCUACAUCUUACAGUGAGAUGGGGAUUGACAGAGCUGUCACAGUACCUCCUGCAUCUUCCUGGUGGGACAUCUGCACUAAGUAGAGUGAACAAAGAAGGGGAGACCCCUGUAGAGGUUGCCAUACGUCACGGUCACACGAAAUUGGUCCAGAUUUUAAAGAAUUUUCAGGAGCUUCCUCCUCUUGACUUCUGCACCGCUACAAUCAAUCAGGAUUCUUUUUUACGUUUUUGUUGGUCCUCUGGAGUGCUGACAUUAACCCAGCGUCAGUCGUCUGGCCACUCACUGGAGGCGGACAUUCAGCUCUUCAGAAAAUGCUUGUGUGAUAUCAACUUCUUCGACAAGAUUGUAAGCCCCAUGCACCCCUGGAGUUACAAAAAACAGGCAUCACUAGAUGGAUUCACUACAGAAGGAGACAAAAGACAUUCAUCAGUAGAUGUUCUCAAGAGGAUAAGAUACCCCCCCACCAUGCUAGCUGCGACCAGACUCGCCACCAUGCUCAAUGGGAAUGAUGAGGUGUAUGUCAACUCCAUGGUAGUAGAUGAGGUCAAUGAUUCAGAUGUCAAUUUCAUUCACUUGAAUGCUGGCACGGAUGUUUCAUAUAAUGACCAGUCUGACUCCACCCAAACAUCAGAGAGCUCUCUAAGAGACAGCAGUCUCUCAGCAUGCACCUCUCCUGAGAUGGUGAGCGAAGACUCCUACAGGUUACCUUCAAGACACUUACCUGGAGGACAAAAUCGGUUAUGCAGGACGCUAGGGUAUGGCACUGACAGGGAUGAAGCUUAUUCAAGUGUAAAGAAAAGAAGUUCCAGCUUAGAUGGUCUUGAUGCUGACAGUGAAAGUGAGGGGACAUAUAGCAGAUAUCAAAGUGCCGAUUCUCCAUCUAAGGAGGAUUCGUCUAUUUUUCUUGGGAACAGCGCUGAUGAGCUGGACUCUUCUGAGACGAGCAAUGAGAGGGAUUUUCAGAACCGGCAAGCAGGGACUUUACCCCUACUUCAGAGUAAGGAUCCGUUAUCUUCUGGUCUUAGAUUCCGCUCAUACUCUUAUUCCUCUCCCAAAAAUUUUCUUGGAAAGCCUCGCCUGGCACGUGACCAUUCUAUCGGAGAACCUGGGGAUGAUGGUGUGUUCAGCGUCAGUGGUCGUUCACUUCUUCAGUCACUUUCAUUGUCUAAAUCAGUAUCUCUGCUUCACCCGGGUAAACGGGCGUACAGCCUUCCUGACCAGUCAAGAGAAAAAAGAAUCGAAGAGGAAGAAUGGGAUCGGUAUAUGGCCCCUGCAAAACCGGAAUGUGAGAAGAACAAAGUGAGCCGCACUUUCAGCUUCCUGCGAAACAGGAUGUCUAGUACCCGGAACAAAAACAAGGCCAAAAACAAAGAGACAAAGGAGAAAGCGAACAGACAUCAGUUUGUAGCAGGGACCUUCUCAGGUGUGGUUCCAUGUUUGGUGUGUGAAAAGGCCCUCCUGGGAAAAGAAUCAUUACAAUGCUCCAAUUGCAAUGUGAAUGUACAUAAAGCCUGCAAAGAUGCUGUUCCCGCAUGUUCAAAGAAGUUUCAGGACCGUUAUAACCCAAAGUAUAAACAGCCUGCUGUCAUUUCAAAUUCAUCAUUCAAGGACACACCACAACCUGUUCUCUCGACAUCCCCUCCCUCCACAUCACUGUCUCUAGGGAAAUCCAGUGCACCCUGCCGAGUUGUGCCUGUAUCGGGUAUAGACAGGAGGUUGGACCAGUCAUUGGAAUCUGAUGGGGAUACAAGUGGCUCUCGGUCCAGAUCACAGUCAGAAGAGCUACUGCAAUCAGUCGGAACCCCUCCAUCAAUGGAUACUUUCCCCAUUGAAGAUGUCGUGGACUCGGCCCUGUGGAGCGAUUUCAGUAGCGACGCUCUGGAAUUUGAAGCAGAGUCUUGGAGCUCGGUCGUGGAAUCGUCUUUCUGUCAUAAGCAAGAAAAAAAUGUCAUCAAAAGACAGGACGUUAUUUUCGAACUCAUGCAGACGGAACUGCAUCAUAUCCAGACCCUUUUCAUUAUGUCUGAAAUCUUCAGGAAAGGGAUGAAGGAGGAGCUGCAGCUGGACCACAGCACUGUGGAUAAAAUCUUCCCUUGUCUGGAUGAGCUGCUGGAAAGCCAUAAGUUGUUCUUUUAUAACCUACGAGAGCGGAAACAGGAGUCCAGGGAGGGAAACGACAGGAACUUUGUGAUCCACAGAAUUGGGGACAUCCUUGUGCAGCAGUUCUCUGCAGAGAAUGCUGAGAAAAUGAAGAGGAUUUAUGGAGAAUUCUGUAGUCAUCACAUCGAAGCCGUGAAUUUGUUCAAAGAACUUCAACAAAACAAAAAAUUCCAAAAUUUCCUAAAAGUGACAAACAGUAACCUGCAGGCUCGUCGCAGAGGAAUCCCAGAAUGCAUCCUGCUCGUCACACAGCGAAUCACUAAGUAUCCAGUACUUGUGGAGAGAAUACUACGAUAUACACCCGAGGGCACUGAGGAACACAAGGACCUUUGCCGAGCCCUCAGCCUAAUUAAAGACAUGGUCACUGCUGUGGAUUCAAGAGUCAGCGAAUUUGAAAGAAAACAAAAGCUGGAAGAAUUUCUCAACAAGAUAGAAAAUAAGACAUUCACAAAAAUGAAGAACGGCCAUGUCUUCACGAAGCAGGAUCUACGGAUCAAAGAGAGGGUGCUGCUGCACGAUGGUGUCCUCCUAUGGAAAACGGCCACUGGGAGAUUCAAAGACAUUCAAGCUCUUCUUUUAUCCGACGUGCUACUGUUUCUCCAAGAAAAGGAUCAAAAAUAUAUAUUUGCUGCUGUGGAUCAGAAACCACCCAUCAUUUCUCUCCAAAAGUUGAUUGUGAGAGAAGUUGCUAACGAGGAGCGAGGGAUGUUCUUAAUAAGCGCAUCCUCCGCUGGGCCAGAAAUGUAUGAAAUUCAUACUAGCUCCAAAGAUGAGCGGAAUACGUGGAUGAGGCAGAUACAGGACGCUGUACAGAGUUGUCCUGAAGAAGAAGAAAGGAAACCCUGUGAAUCUGAUGAAGAUAAACGGGCUGCUGAAGCACGAGCAGCCAAAGCCCAAAAAUUUCAAGAAAUUCUGGGUUGCCAUGACCAGCAGAUUUUCAAUUGCUUGGAAGAUAAGUUGCAGAUAUUUGGAGAACUUGCCGCAAUGUGUGGAGGGAGCAAUAUGCACAUAGAGCCACAUCUUUUAGUUAAAGCAGAUUCUGGGGAGAUCCCACAGGCUGCAUCGUUGCUGGCGGCUGCACUAAAAGAAGCUGAAAGCCUCUAUGCUACGUUAACAACAGAAAUGGAGAAUUCAGCAUGGUCAUCGGAAGAUGGCGAGACACCAGGCAGACAUAUGGGCUGGUCUAGUAGUGAGCCAUUAGAGGAAGGUCAUGAAUUUCAAGAGACUUCCCUAACUCCUGACGUGAGAGAGGAAGAUUCAUUUAAUACAGAACUUUGUUCUUCUCAAGUAACGAGUGAUAUAGACAUGGCUUUUAAUGAAGAUAAGGUUGAAUUAGAAAAUUCCUCAGGAUAUAAGCAGGCGGAGGUCUUGCAGGCCGUUCAAAACCUGACCCGUCUCAUGUACAGUAUACAGGCUGUUGUAACGCUUCAGGAUACCCAAAUAGAACUUAAUAAAGCACUGCUCCAGGACCACGAGGCCGGCAUCAAGGGUUUACCGCACCGGAGCCUAGAAAAACACAGCGGAGAGAUAGCCAAUUUGGAGAAACUGCAGCACCAACUUCAGCAUGAAAAGCGUCGCUGGGUGCGCGAGUGCAACCAGAAGGAUCGGGAGUAUGAGGAGAUGGAGACCCUGCUCCAGCAGAGGCAGAAAGAGUGUGAGAAUCAGGAGUAUGUCCUGGAAGAAGAAAGGGAGGAGCUCAGUUGCAAGCUUCAGGAGUACCAGCAGAACAUGGAGAGGCUGAAUGAAGGACAGAGGAUUGUGGAGAAUAAGAGGCAGCAGCUCUGUCACAGACUCCUCAGUCACACGCGUCAGAACAGCAUGCCAGUACUGAUUGCACGCCCAAAAACACAGGGUGUAAGAAACUCCCAGCAUGACAGUUUACAAAACGAAGACUCCAACUAUAUUAACAACGCCCUGGCUCAGAUGUCGCUCAGCAGCAUGACCGCGCUCCCAGACUCGCAUCCACAUGUGGAUAAUACCUUGGACUUAGCAGAGACUUCUGAGAACAGCUCUGUGGACAUCUCUAGUGAACCUUGGAGCACCUUAAUUUCCCGGCAGCAGAGGCUCGAGAAUUCCUCCCGACACAACAAUAAAGACGCCUGUAAUAAUGAUAUCAACGCGGCUCAUGUCCUUUUCUGUGGAACACUGCUGGCAUCGGCGGGGCAUAAUACACACACAGGGACCCAUCAAUCCUCCCAGACCUCAGAAGCCAUGAAAACACUCCAUGAUGACCCAACGACGUGUGUAGAAAAUGGACUAGUGGAAGAGACUAUAGUUUACCUCUGACUGUGGAGCAGGCCAGAUUACCAUUUGCUGGUGGAACCAGCAAAUCAUGGUCUCUACAAUGAGAUUGCACAUAUUGUAAAUGUAAAUGCCUUUAAGCAUAAGAUUUGCCAUUGAUUGGCAAUAAUAUAGAGAAUUGCACUCGGAUACAAAUAUCCAUUGUGGUGAUAUCUGCUGUCAUAGUGACUGAAGUAAUCCCAGAGCAAUAAGCUGUGUGGCCCACUACUGUCUCUAAGAUGCAUUGCUUAUGUCACUGCAGUAGAAGCGUUCUGUGUCCACGGGGUCUGCUUGUUACUAGAAUAUAUCCAGAAUAUAGUAUUUCUAGAAGAAUCUUAUGGUUUAUUCAAUGGACUUGCAAACAAAUUGCCUUCUGGUUCCCAUCACUGAUAGACAGUGUAACUUCUAACACUGCAGAACUCAUGUGUACAUACCCUUGAAGUGUUAAGGGGUCAGCUUUUUAUUUUUUUUUCUUGUGGAAAACCGCUAAGUUAUUAUAUUUUUUUUUUUUAUAUAUAGAAAAUGACUGUUGAUGGCACCUUUCCAAUUGAUACACCACACAGAAUAUAAUACAUGCCAAAUAACCGUAAUGUCAGUGAAUGCAACAUUCUGAUAUACUUGUAUAAAUAUAAAGCUGUGUUCACCCAACUUUAGUGGUCUAUGUUCGGUGUAUGUAUCGCCGAACGUAUACAUAGGACUCCUUUCAUUAGGUGUAUUACUUGGUUUUUGCUGUAUAGAAUAGCAUAGUAGACUCUUAUUCUAUGCAGAGGGAUACAGAAUAAAACAUAUACUGCACUAUAUACAUUAUUUUUUAUUUUUUUACAAUGGGAACCUAUUGGUGACCUGUCCCACUGUAUGUCUAUACUGUGGCAUAUGUUGCCGCCUAAUACAUUAUGCUGCCAGUCACUAUCAAGGCAGAAAUUUGUCGCCCACUGACAGACCUCAUUUUGACCAUAGUUAUUACAUUUUUAUUUUCUAACAACCUAAAGUCUUUGGGACUCGAGAGACGCUCACAUGACGAAAUUCUCUGGUCCAGUUCUGUUCUCACAGGAGAUGAGCAGCCCUUGAACUGAAUGGCAUCUGCUUAUUUUUCCUGCUCCACUGAAACAACAUGCAUGCUCGGCCUAACUGCAUUAGGGCAGUCUGACAACUGGCCGGUCUCCACUAGUCAAUUCUCUGGAAUUUGUUCUAAGGGACAUUUGCUGAAAAGUGGAGUCAUUUUCUGUACUAACCAAUCAGACUGAAAUGUUUCUAAGGUUAGAAAAGCAAAACACUGACAAUGGCUUUGCUUUUAGUCUGUACUUCUUACCGAUUUUGCUAGUUCUUUCCCAUGUUCCCUGCCUGCCUAUGCGUUGUCUGUGACUGCAUUAUAUGGUGGUUUCCAGAGAUAACAGACCAAUAUUUGUAAAGUACUCCACAACUGGGGAAAAAAAAAACUUAUAGGGAUUUUUAUUUUCUAACACCCUAAAAUGUAAAAAUAAUACACCGCAAUAUAAUCCCUUUUCAGAUUUUCCCCUUAUCAGCACUGCCAUUUUCUUUGGUCCCCCGCCACCCCUCAUCUAUGAUAAAACAUAUUAGGGCGGGUUCGCAUCAGCGUUAGGUAAUUCAGUUAUAGUGUUCCAUUAUAACAGGGUUAUGACAGAACGUUAUUUGUGCCCAUAGAAAUGUAUUAGGAUGGAGCAAAACGGAAUGCCUCUUAAAGGGUUCCAUUUUGCAUUCCGUCCUAAAAUUCUGUCAUAUUUCGUCCUAACCCUGUUAUAAUGGAACACUAGAACGGAAUUACCUAAUGCCCUUACAUGACCACCUCGACCACCUGAUGUGUUGUGUCGUCAUGCCGCAUUGUCAGCAGGGGACUGAGGCGACCAGCAGCCCGGGAAUGGACAAGAAUUUGGAGAGAGAGUAUAAUAUAAGAAUUGCAUUUUAGGAUAUUAGAAAAUAUAUAUAUUUUUUUUUUAACUGGGGACAUAUCAGUACUCUGCGAAUACAUGAGUAGUGUAAAGCUGGAUGGAGCACAUCUGUUCUUUUUCAUGAUGAAGAUUAGAUUUCAGUGAACACCUGGCUCUAAAAAACCCAUCGACUCAAGUUUUCCUGUAUUUAAAAGGUUCGGCUAACACUGUCCAGUCAUCACUUGUCAGCUGUUAAUACAGGAGUCUUAAUACAGAAUGCACAUAUCCCAUGAAAGACGUGAGCAAAAUUGGGUUGGAAAGGCAGAUUUUUCUGUCUGGAGCAACACGAGCCAGUAAUCAGGCUGAAUGUACAAGAGGCACAUAAGGCGAACUACGUACUGGGGUAAAACAUGAAUGCAUGUACAGAUAAGGCUUUCCUUCUAAUCUCUCUAAAUGUUGAACCCAUUGUUCAUGUUUUUUUUUUUAUGUCAUGAGGAACGUUACUA